UUAAACAGCUUGAAAUCUUCUUCGCAUUCCGAGUUCACCAUGAUAGGAACCACACAGGAAAAGUUGAGGGAGCAAAUCUGCAGUGAUAAACAGAGAAGCAUCAGUAAAAUCACCAUUGUGGGUGUAGGACAAGUAGGAACAGCGUGUGCGUACAGUAUUAUGCAGCAGGUAAUGCUAUUAGACAGGUAAAUUUAAGCAUCACGUUUAGGUCAAAAGGCAAACGCGAAUUUGUACCACGUGAUCAAGUUUCCUCUUUGUUUGUCGUUUACUAAUGUUCAUUAUUUCUACGCCUAAAUUGUAAGGUGGGAAACAAAACUGGCUACAAAAAAGAAAGACAAAUGGAAAAAAGUAGGCGAGAAAGAACGAUCGAAAUAGAUUCGCAAAAAAAAUAAAGUCCAAAUCUUCGUCCAACGUUCUGAAAAGAAUCACACAAACAAGAACGAAAGGCGCCCCAGCGUUUGAAAAUUAAGGUAAUGUUCUUCAUUUUGAUUUCUAGGAUAUAUGCCAAGAACUUGCUUUAAUUGGAAGACGCCAAGAGAUUCUUAAGGGAGAAAUGAUGGACUUACAGCACGGUUUGCCGUUUGUGGAGGAAACUUCCAUCCGUGCUAGUACUGGUAAAUCAGCCUGAUAGUCUGAAAAAGGGAAAAGCUCGAAAAUACAGACGUUUUAAACACAUGCUACUGGAAAACUUGUCCAAUAUAAACCCUUUUCAAACGUGUUAAAAAAAACAGAGUUUCUCGUUUCAAAUUUAUCUAAAAAGAAAAAGAGCAGUUGAAAAUUUCGUCUUGGGAAGAAAAACGUCCUAAAAUCAUAAUAAAAGAAAAAUUGAAGUCAGGAGCGAUUACUACAUUGGAACAAGACUGCAACAUCUUGCAAUUUUCAGAUAAUCCUUUAAUUCUUAGCAUAAAAUAGUGAGGGGCUCAAAACAAGUAAUACUGUGUGUAUCAUGAAGACUAUUUUGGUUCCAGUCGGCGCCAAAGAGUAAUGAGAGUUCUCCUUUAUUUUUGUAGACUAUGCUGUCAGUGCCAACUCAAACCUGUGCAUAGUGACAGCGGGCGAACGUAUGAGAGAGGGUGAGAGCAGAAGAGAUCUGCUGCUAAGAAACUUUGAGAUUUUCAAAGGUAGAUGCCUUCAUGUUAAAAGCUAACAUACAGUAAUUCAACAAAUAACUUAUAAUCUUUUACGAUGUCUUUUCAUAAUGUGAAGCAAACAAUCACUUCCCGGGCCUUUUGUUAAGUCGAAGGCUUCUCUGCAGAAAAUUCCCGCGUGGCUGAGAAGGCUCAGAACUCAAUACGUGAUGGUCAAGAAUAGUCAAAUUCUUAACACACUGAGUGAGUGUGGUUUAUCUAUUAAACCCAUGAAAAAUCCUUUUCUAGAGUUUGAGUUCUCAUUUGGACUUCAAAUCCUUCUUAGGGCCGGUAUUAAAUUAUGUUACAGCGUAUUGCACAAGGGUGGAAACGUUCGAUCACACCGUAGGCCUGUAAUUGCACAUACACAUUCCGGACCUAUAACUGUAUUGCCGCACAGAUUGAAAGAUUACGUAUGUGCUCGCCGCCAUGAUGAAAUGAAACUCUGUGUUUAGUUUGCCUCAGUAAAGUAUACAAACGGUUUAAAGUAUACAAUAGGCAUGCGCAGAUUUAACAAAGACCACGUGACUUAACCACGUGACGACAGCGAGAACGGCGUGAAGAUCUCCAUUUAUCGUGAUUUCAGCAGAUCAUUCUCUUCUAGCCUUGAAACAAAGAAAUGGAAAUAUAGUAAAAAUAAUUUGGUGUUUGAAAUAAAUUUACAUGUAAUUUUAAAACGUUUAUAAUGGGUAAAGUCGUCUAUUUUACAGAUAUCAUUCCAAAGUUGGUAAAGCACAGUCCCAAUACCGUAUUGCUGAUUGUUUCUAACCCAGGUAAGAAAAAACAGCUAAAGAUCUACAAAGUGCUUACUGUGAUCAGGAAACCUUAAACAGUUCUUAACAAAACUAGAAAGCUCCAAGCUUUUUUUGAAAAACUUGAGGAUAUCGUAAACACGAAAACGGACAACGGCUUGUUGAGCCAGUUUCCACCAAGAAGACUACGUUUCCUAUGAUGCGAGCCAUGUUCGACCGGUUCAAAAUUCGUACGUUUAAGUGUUCGGUUCACACUGGAGUCACCUUAGCACUAGGAAGAUUUAAACGCCUAGCAGUUCAAAGUUCCCUGUGAAUAGAGUGAACGUAAUUGAAGGGUCCCGGGUGAACAAAGGGUCAGCUAAAUUUUUCAGCCGCUCGAAAGUUUAUUUGGUACCCGUGUGAAUGUAACCUAAGAUUGCUUACGACGUGGCACUGAAUGUAUAGAGUGUUUUCACAUGACGUCACGGCGGCCAUGUUGGGAAUUUAACACUUUCUCAUGUAAACGCUUUCUUUUGUUCCAAUACAUUUGCAUAGACGCUGGCCACGUGAGUGAAAACGCUCUAUAAAACACCCACGACUAAUGCCACUCCCGCAUUCACUAGUAUAGCAAUAUCUGUUUUUUCGUUAUGUUUCAGUUGAGGUCUUGACGUACGUGGCGUGGAAAAUCAGCGGUCUUCCAGCUGAUCGUGUGAUAGGAAGUGGAACCAAUCUGGACACAGCUCGGUUUCAUUUUUUGAUCGGCGAAAAGCUAAACAUCCCACCAAACAGUGUGGAUGGCUGGAUCAUCGGAGAACAUGGCGACUCUAGUGGUGCGUAAAGGAUAAAUCGCAAGUCACUCCCUCCUACCGUUUUUAACACGGUUACGACAUCCUUCCCCACCCCGCCGUUAACCACAACACCCACAGACUAGUCCCAGCACUACCUUUACCGUAAUCUUUCUUGAACUUGAGUGAACAUCAAAGAUCCACCAUAGGCUUCUUCUACGUCAUAAUACGAGCAGUCUCUCAUUGCUCUCGGGGAGAAUAGAUCGCAGUAGAUAUGCGAACCAAAUACUAGAACGCCGGUGGAAAUUGCCUCCAUAAAAUAAAAGAGAGUUAACUCGCGUAAUCGCAUUUUGGCGCUCUGAUAAAAAAAAGAUCAGCUUGUCAACGUUUCUCGCGGGUGUCAAAUUUCACCAUCGCUCGUAUAUUUUUUUCUUUCCAAAAAAUGAAGCACUACAUAUACACUAACUAGAUGUAAGAUCGCUCAAUCGCUCAAUCUGCAAAGUACCCUAGUUUGAGUGUUCGACCCAUGUUUUCGAUUUGUUUCACAAAUGAAACGAAACAUCGAGUUUUUCACUCCUUCUUUUACCAUAAAUUUGCAUAAUUUUACUUUUUCACUCGCCCCCGGUGUCUCUGAGGAAAGAAAGGCGACUGCUCUUGUGUCCGUUUUCGAUUUACAAAAUCGCGAUUCAGGGGAAUUCCCUUACAAAAUAAUUUCUUUGCUGCUGUCUUUAUACAGUGCCUAUUUGGAGUGGAGUGAAUAUUGACGGCGUGAUGCUCAAGGAUCUCAACCCACAGACAGGCACAGAAUCGGACCAUGAAAACUNUUCGAUUUACAAAAUCGCGAUUCAGGGGAAUUCCCUUACAAAAUAAUUUCUUUGCUGCUGUCUUUAUACAGUGCCUAUUUGGAGUGGAGUGAAUAUUGACGGCGUGAUGCUCAAGGAUCUCAACCCACAGAUAGGCACAGAAUCGGACCGUGAAAACUGGAACGAGAUUCACAAGAAAGUUAUUAUGAGGUACAGUCGUAGAAUUCGUUCGCGUUCACGGACGCGCGCCUUAAUUUCCCUUCAAAUGCCCGCGACGAGUACCGCGAACCAUUGCCUUUCGUUAUAGUACAAAACAGAAGCAGAUAACCUAUAUGCUUCUGUACAAAACUAAUGAAUUGUAGCUUGCGUGGAUGCGCCUCGGAGGAUUGAGUUCCUCGCGCGCCUUUAAAUAAUUCCUUCUUCAAACGAGGUUUCUUGUCAGCAAAGGAGACUAAACUCAGAGGGCCGAUUAUUUAAUGGAAGACAAACUGAGACAUCUUCCACAAUGAACAUCCUUUGUUUACUAGGAUAUUCAAAAUAAAAAAUUAUUAACUUGGAACACGGAUGGUUGUACAUGGGACAAAUUCCCUUUAAACAACUGAUCCAAAGACUUUAUUCAGUUAAUCUUUCCACAGCAUUUCAGUUUUGUCUGAUGGCGCGAAAGGACACCUCAUUUGCAUGUGUUCACGUGAACAUUUGAAAAUAAACUCCAUAGUCCAUGUUCGAUUGUUAAAGCUGACCUUUUUUCCUAUUUAGCGCAUAUGAAGUGAUUAAACUCAAGGGCUACACCUCCUGGGCAGUUGGUCUCAGUGUCGCUAACAUUAGCAAGGCGUUACUAGGAAAUAUGGCGAACGUCCAGGCCGUCUCCACCAUCGCAAAGGUAACUGACUUUCCAUGCUGACUUUCAAAACCUUUCUUUCUUUUUCUCAAAACAAAAGUUAGCACGCUUAUUUCCGUUGAAGGAGAUAAAGUCCUCUCCCGAUCGCUAAAUGAUAAAAUUCCUAAGAUUUGAUGCCUUGGGUCAGCAUUCAUCUAUAAAUGAUAACCGAUAACUUGUUUUCGCCACAACGAAAUUCUUGCUAAAACUCGUAGUAGACUGGCGACGGCUACCACAUUUUCCCGCCAAAAUGACGUUAGUUCGCGCGCGUGCCCAAUUUUUUUCCAACCUCGUUUUCUACACGAGACAAGUGUACAUUGGAGCUUUACGUUUCUCAUCAUACUUUUACUGCUGCUUUUGCUUUUGAAGCGACGAAUCAUUCGAGAUUCGGGCAUUAACUUUUAAUUACAUCAGUACAUUUAUUUUUUACAACAUUCCUUUACAAAAGCUGUCACCGUCAGCGUGGACAAUUCUUCCCUAAUGUCAAAGAUACGUAAUUUGAUUUAGUCCUCAUGUCUAUGAUACGGCUCUGAAUUGCAGCCUCCAAGCUGCCUCUUUUUUGCCGUUCCAUGAUAGUAUCGAAAUAGCCUGAGAUCGUUCUCGUCCCCAGAGCGCGGCCGUCGUUUCGUUUGGUCACGUGGCCGAGAUUUAUAAAGUGGAUGUAUGUAAAGGCAUUGCUCACUAACCAUCCUAUUUUUUUUAGGGAUUUUACGGGAUCAAGGAAGAGGUUUUCUUGAGUUUACCCUGCGUUCUUGGCACCCAUGGGGUAAAGUCCGUCGUGAGCCAGCAGCUAGAUGAAAACGAGGUUAACCAAAUACAGGGAUGCGCGUGCAUCAUGCAUGAGCUGCAGCAAUCUUUGGUGUUUUAA